AUAAUGCAGAUCGAAGAUAGCUGUGAAACUGCAUACUGUUAAAUACAUCAAUUAUAAGUUUGUUGAGGUGCAUUGAAAAAUGGCUGAAAUUCCUUCCACAACGCUUGCAAAUGGAUAUAAAAUGCCGAUGCUUGCUUUAGGAACUUAUUUGUCUCAACCGGGAGAAGUAGAAAAAGCUGUUAUAGAUGCUAUUGAUCUUGGAUACCGUCACAUCGAUACAGCUUUCUUUUAUGAAAAUGAAAAAGAAAUUGGUGCUGCGAUAGAAGCAAAAAUCCAAGAUAAAACUGUUACAAGAGAAGAGCUUUUUAUUACUACAAAGCUGUGGAAUAAUCGUCACAAGGAAGAGAGUGUAGUUGCAACUUGUAAACAAUCUUUAGAAAAUCUUGGUUUGACUUACAUUGAUCUAUAUUUAAUUCAUUGGCCAUUCGCUUAUCAAGAAGGAGACGUAUUAAUACCUAAAGACAAAGAUGGUAAGCUUUUAUUAUCAGAUACCGAUUAUCUUGAAACAUGGAGAGGAAUGGAAGAAUGCGUUCAACAAGGAUUAACUCGUAGUAUUGGAGUCAGUAAUUUUAACUCUGAACAAAUAGCCCGAUUGGUGAAAUCUGCUAAAUUUAUUCCUGUAAAUAAUCAAAUCGAAGUUAGUGUAAAUCUUAAUCAGGAAAAUUUAAUUAACUUUUGCAAAAAGUAUAAUAUCGUAGUGAGUGGUUAUUCGCCUCUUGGAAGACCUGGAAAUAGAUUAGGUAUUAAAAAUUCUUUGGAUGAUCCAGUAAUUCUUAAAAUAGCUGAAAAAUAUAAAAAAACUCCAGCACAAAUAGCACUUCGAUAUGUUUAUCAACAAGGUGCUGCAGUAAUUCCUAAAUCGGUAACUAAAAGUAGAAUUAAAGAAAACAUGGAAAUAUUUGAUUUCGAAUUGACAACGGAUGAAAUGACUGCUAUAAAAGCGAUUGGUACUGGUGAAAGAAUAGCACCAUCUGCAGAAGUACAAGAUCACAAAUACAAAAGAAAAAUGGUUUUAAAUAUACCAAAUGUUAAAUUUUACAACGGUAAUACUGUACCUCAAUUUGGAUUGGGUACGUGGAAGUCAAAACCCGGAGAAGUUACUCAAGCUGUAAAGGAUGCUAUAGAUGCUGGUUAUCGGCACAUUGAUUGUGCUCAUGUCUAUCGUAAUGAGAAAGAAGUUGGAGAAGCGAUCAAAGUCAAGAUCGAUGAAGGAGUCGUCACUAGACAAGAUUUAUUCAUUACUAGUAAACUUUGGAAUACCUAUCACAAAACUGAUUUAGUCGAGCCUGCGCUUAAAACUACAUUAAGCAAUCUUGGUCUGGAGUAUUUAGAUCUUUAUUUAAUUCAUUGGCCUUUCGCUUUCAAAGAAGGGGAUGAAUUAUUUCCAACAAAAUCUGAUGGUAUACCUGAGUUAAGCGAUGUUGAUUAUGUCGACACAUGGAAGGGUAUGGAAGGUGUAUUAAAAAAAGGAUUAACUAAGAACAUUGGUGUCAGUAACUUUAAUUCGGAACAGAUUACUAGAUUACUUAACAAUUGUACUGUUAAACCAGUAACCAAUCAAAUCGAAUGUCAUCCAUAUUUAACUCAAAGAAAAUUGUCUGAUUUCUGUAAAGAAAAAGAAAUCGUCAUUACCGCUUAUAGUCCUUUGGGGUCGCCAGAUAGACCAUGGGCCAAGCCAGAUGACCCUAAAUUAUUGGAUGAUGUUAAGUUAAAUGAACUUGCAAAAAAAUAUAAUAAGACAACAGCACAGAUUCUUUUGCGCUAUCAAUUGGAUCGUGGACAUGUGGUUAUUCCAAAAUCUGUAACUAAAUCACGUAUCAUCGAAAAUACUAAUAUUUUUGAUUUCAAACUUACGUCCGAGGAUAUUGCCUACAUUGACACUUUUGAUUGCAAUGGAAGAAUCUGCUCGAUGACGGGAUCCGAGGCCAGUCCUAACUAUCCAUUUAACAUACCUUUUUAAAUGAUACAGUAAAGUAAACGAGGUUUGUUUCAGUCGUUGUUUAAACGACUAGAUAAAACUUUAUCUAAAAGAUAUAUAUAAUGCUAAUUUUUUUCUUAGUUACAUCCACGCAUAAACGUUCGUAUUUUUCUACGCAUGUAUUUUUCGAUAGUCAUAGAAAAUAAAUUUUCAUUAAACAAGUA